AUGACCGCGAUCGGUGCGUUCGGCCCUCGCCCUCCGGCGCCGUCCAUCGACGGGCUCGGCCGGCGCUCGCCUAGUCCCGCCUGGCGCGCGGCCCCGGAAGGCGCUGAGCUUAAACCGAAGGCGGCGGAGGCGGCCGAGGAGCGCGCGAGCCGGGCCGAGCCCAGCCGAGCCUGGGUUCGGGUUCGGGUUCGGGUUCAGCCUAUAAACAUGGGGCGUCGUUCAUCAGACACGGAAGAAGAAAGUCGAAGUCGGAGAAAAAAGAAGCAUCGUCGACGUUCGUCGUCAAGCAGUUCUUCGGACAAUAGGACGUUCAUCCAUAAGAAGUCAGGCAGAAAGUCAAGGUCAAAGUCGCGAUCGUGGUCGAGAGAUCUUCAGUCUCGUUCACAUUCUUACGAAAAAAGACGCAGACACCGCUCCAGUAGCAGCUCUUCUUAUGGGUCCAGAAGAAAACGCAGCCGAAGCCAUUCGAGGGGGCGGGGCCGAUCUCACCGAUCACAGAGAUCAAGGUCCAAAAGCAGAGUGAGGAGAUCUCGGUCUCGGCCUCACCCGCGUUCUCACAGUCGGAGCAGUGAGAGAUCGGGUCACCGAAAAACCCACAGCCCGUCUCGUGAACGAGAAAGGCGUAAAGGCAGAGAGAAAGAAAAACGUGAAAAGGGGAAAGAAAAGGAAUUCUACAACUUGAAGCGUGGGGACUCGGGAAACAUCAAAGCAGGAUUAGAACAUCUGACCCCAGCUGAGCAGGCCAAAGCCAGGUUUCAGAUGGUUCUUGAAGCUGCAGAGAGUGUCUGUGUAUUGGUCAUUUCACUGUUUUCCCUUGCAGUUUCCCAAGGUGGAGCAUUGCUGGCUCCUGACUACCCUUUGGGAAAGGGCCCUAAAGGACCCAAAGCAGCAUUAUGCCAAUGUCAUUUGGCCCUGAAUGCACCUCUGGAGAGAAGGAAGCAGGCAGAUGCGGUUACCAAGAGAUCAAGCGAAGGAAGGGUGCCGGAGGGGUGGAAAUAUCAGUACCAUUUUCACGAGGCUGUUAUGGUCGCAAGAGUAGGAUUUAAUAUAAUUUAUCGGCAUCGGGCUCGGAUAAGAACAUUCCGUGGAGCUCAGGAGGAAGCUGGCAAAAUGUAA